AGGUUGAGAGCGGGCGAUGGGAGCUCUUCUUGCUGCUCCAGCAUGUGCUGCUUCGAUGGCCUGCUGUUUUGGCAGUGCAGCAUGUUCGCUGUGCUGUGCAGCUUGUCCAACGACUAGAAGCUCCACCACAACUCGCAUUAUGUAUGCUAUAAUGUUGUUUGUUGGUACUUUCGUAGCAUGCAUCAUGUUGGCACCAGGGAUACAACAAAAGCUCGCAGCAGAUAAUUGGUUUUGUCAAGGACUGAGUGAGUAUGCUGGGAUAAAUUGUUCGAGGGCUACUGGUUUUCAGGCUGUUUACAGAAUGUGUGCUGCGAUGGCUUCGUUCUUCUUCAUCUUCAUGAUACUGAUGUUUGGGGUGAAAACCUCAAAAGAUGCAAGAUCGGCCAUACAAAAUGGAUUCUGGUUCUUCAAGUACCUCUUACUCAUUGGUUUGACCGUUGGUUUCUUCUUCAUUCGCAGCGAAAAUUUGUCUACUCCACUGAUGUGGUUUGGCAUGAUUGGAGGUUUCCUCUUUAUUCUCAUACAGCUAAUCCUGAUCGUCGACUUCGCUCAUGGAUUGGCCGAAAGCUGGGUUGAUUCAUACGAAGAAACCGAAUCUCGCUGGUGCUACGCUGGCUUGCUGGUAUUUACGUUUGGUUGUUUCGCGGCUGCAUUGACUGGUGUCAUACUGAUGUUUAUCUUCUAUACAACCGGAGCAACAUGCGCUCUGCCGAAGUUCUUCAUCUCUUUCAAUAUGAUUCUUUGCAUUGGAAUUAGCGUAUUGUCUAUCCUGCCAUUUGUUCAGGAGAGAAUGCCUCGAUCUGGACUGCUUCAGUCAUCUUUCAUCACUGUUUACGUGAUGUAUCUUACGUGGGCUGCUUUGAUCAAUAAUCCAGAUAAGCCUUGCAAUCCUUCGCUCAUCAGCAUUUUCACAAAUACCACCCGUCCCGGAGAUAAAGAAGAGAAGACCUAUGGUACACCUGUACCCGCCCAGUCAAUCAUCUCUCUCAUAAUCUGGUUCCUUUGUCUGCUGUACGCUUCGAUCCGUUCCGCAUCGAAUUCUUCACUUGGUAAAAUUACUGGAGGAGGGGAGAAUACGGCACUGAGUGGGUCACGGGACGCAAUUGUUCCUGUUGAGGAUGACGAAGAAGCAUCCCAUGGAAGCUCGAAGCGAGUUUGGGACAAUGAAUCGGACGGUGUUGCAUACUCUUACUCGUUCUUCCACUUCAUGUUUGGACUUGCAUCCCUGUAUGUGAUGAUGACGUUGACCAGUUGGUACAACCCUGACAAUGAUCUCACACACUUGAACAGUAAUAUGGCAUCAGUUUGGGUGAAAAUUGUAUCAUCCUGGCUCUGCAUCGCUCUUUAUGGAUGGACUCUGUUGGCGCCGGCCCUGUUCCCUGACCGGGAAUUCUAAUGAGAUUUCAAACGGUGAUUCAGUCCUUCGAGAUCCAUUGUGUAAGGUUAUUAUUCUAAGCUAUGUAUGAUUUCGAAAAUUUUCGUUGCUGACUAGGACUGCUUUUCAUGCAAGUCGUGCGCAUCUUGUCAUUUUGUCUGUAUCGAAGCAGCAACUGAUUUCAUUCAGUCUGCUCUCAUGGCUUCUUUUGUAAAUUACUUCUCUUCUCGUGAAGGCCAUUGUAGUUAAUUGACAUGAACUCUUAACAGGAAUGACUUCGAAUUUCAAUCUUUCUUCAGCCGGUGACAUUUUUAUUUCGAACUUUAUAGUUCGUCAUGGAUUACUUGAACAAGUUUUUGUACAGAUGAUUGUGCAUAUUUUCUUCUUGAAGUCUCCUUCAUUUGCUCUUGGAUGGUCAUCGCGACUCCCCAUCUUGAAUUGUUUUUCGCAAACUUGU